UUAUGCAGGGAAGGAAAUUCAGCCACAGUUGGGGAUUUGUUAGGUUACUGAUGUUGAAAACAACUGGUUUUUAAAUAUAUGAGAGUACAUCGAAUCAACGAUGAACUGGAAUACAAAACCAACAAAUAAUAAGAUGCCACCAUUGCCCACUAAAAGCCAGUCAUCUUUUUUGCAUCAGGCUUUAAUAAAUCCGCUUGCCUCAACAUCUCAAAGUUCUCUCAACUAUGGAAGUAACCAAGAAGCCUGCAUGUACCCCAGUCAAUCAAAUCCACUUGCGCAACCACUGAUCAGCCUAAAAAAUUAUGCAACUUCUCAACAAAUCUCCCUUUCUGAUAUGCAUAAUGGAACAAAUAUGGCCUCACAAACUUCAGUAGAAAUAAAACCAUCCUCAAAUGUUAAAGGACACAAACAAUUAAAUCACAGUUUGCAAUUGUCUACAGGAACAGUACAAAAUGCAUGGUUGCACUCACCUAUGAAGAACUCCAAGCUCUCUCAUACAAGAACAACUGUUGAUUCUAAUCAAAUUAGUUUUGGAGCUAAUCCAUCCACUAUUCAUAUAGUCCAGAAUCAAUUUGUGUCAUCAGAUACAUACUCUAUGCAGUUACAAAUGAUCCCUUCUAAUUCUGGAAGAGGUCCUGUAACUUACCAAGGAAAUCAAGGACCUAAUUCAUCUUUAACAGAGCGAUGCGUUGACUGGGCACAACAACUUACUUCUAAUGGAAUGACAUUUCCAGACUACAGAUCACCCCAAAAGCAAUAUUGUAAUUCACAGCAAAGAUCAAAAGGUCACAUACUUCAGAAACAAAACCCUAUGCUGUCUGAACUGUUACAUGUUAAAAAUACUCCAGUUUCAAAUAGUACUCUUUUUCUUCAGUCACAGCAAAAUCCACCUGUACAGUCACAACAAUACGCAGUUUCUCAAGUUGGUGACAGACUUCCGCCUCCAGGUUAUAACUAUAAAUAUGUACCUGUACAGUCACCGCAGAAUGUAGUCUUACCGUCACAGCAGAGUGUACCUGUACAAGCACAGCAGUAUGCAGUUCUGCAAGUUGACAAUAGACCUCCUCCUAGUUAUGGCUAUAAAUAUGGACCUAUGCAGGCACAGCAGCAUGCAGCUUUGUCGCCACAGGAGAACAUACCUGUACAAUCACAAAAUGUACCUGUACAAUUACAACAAUAUGCCGUUACUCAAAUUGAUAAUAGAGGCCCUCCUCCCAGUUAUGACUGUAAAUACGCAAGCCCACCUUUACAAAAUUCUCAACUUCUUAGUAAACAACACUCUGCAAAGGAAAUUCCUCAGAAUCAUGAGACACACUUAAAUGAAAAAGACUAUCGUGGUGACUUCCAACAGUGGCAAAACUCUAAAAAAGAAAUCAACACGAUUGGAAAUUUUUGUAAUUUGCAAGUAAAUCAGCCUGCAAAUAGACCAGUGCAAUCUCUUGUGGAUGGUGUUCAGACUGCUUCUCAACACAAUCAAGAUAAAAGUGUGGUUUCUGGCAAUUCAGCCUCAACUCAAGUACUGGACACAAAUGCCACUAAAGAAGUGAUAGCAAGCGACAUUAAGACAUUAAUGGAAAUAAAAAGGAACUUCUUGGAACUUGCGAGGAAAAUUAAAAUAAACAAAGAACUUUUGAUGGCAGCAGGUUGUAGUAAAGCAUGUAAUACCUCUCAUGGCGAAUUAGCUGAGAAUUCUGAAUUGUCUAUGAAACAGACUUCCAAAAUCCAGUCCAGGCCACAGGUAACACAUGUAAUUGCAAAGUUUUCUGAGGGCCAGCUAACAAGAGUAAUGAAAUGUACGGGAGAAAUAAAUAGAACGCACAAUACAUUGAAUACCAAGAUUCAGGAAAUUGAUGGCAAAAAAUUGAACCAAGACAAGUCUAUUUUACUGAAGGCCGACUGUUUGGGAAAAUUACCAGUGACAGGCCAGUUUGGUGAUUCGCAAGCUUUAAAAACAUCAACUGCUGAGUUUACCCAGACAUUAAAUAACACCCAGUUUCCAUCAGAAGAUAUCAAAGGUGACCAAAAUGUGCCCACAAACGCCGAAACAGUUCCUGUUCCUCAGCUAGUACUUUUAAAGGAACGUGUUCCAACACCAAUAAAUAAAAAGACUGUCGUCCAGUUUCUUUUGUUUGGCGAUAAAGCUAAAGAUGCAGCAAGAAAUAAAGCUGUUGAAACUACUCAAGAUCUUAAACCAAAUCAUUUAGAAAUGAAUCAGAAUACUCAAGUCAUCAGUGAACCACCAAAUCUGAAAACUGCGGAAACUCAAAGUACUUUUCAUGUAAACACCAAAGACUCUCACAAGUCAUUUUGUCUUGAUCAGAAAUCCUCAACAAAUGGGGGAUCUUCUAAAAAUGACUGUUCCAUGGAAUUGAUAGCAACAUGUCUUUCUCUGUGGAAAAAGACACCUUCAGAGUCUACAAAAGAAAAACACUGUAAUGAACUGAGAACAAACAGAACAACAGGUGACACUUCUAAACCUGUAGAUCUGUAUGAUAAGAAUCCAUGUGUGGUUGCGGAAAAUUCUCAGAACAGUACAAUGUUAAUUAACUCAGAACAGCAGGAAACUUUGCCUGUGGUGGUGCAGACGUAUGAACCCUCUGGUACAAAUGUAACAAAAGGAUCAGAACUUCAGGUAGCUGUAGUGUCACCUCUGAUCCUUUCAGAUGUCAAAAACAUGUCUGUCAACGCAGUUAUACAUGAAGCAUUACCAGAAACUGUGUAUCCGAUUAUUAAAGAAGGUAGUGUUUGUAGCUUACAAGAUCGGGCAGCAGAAAAUAUAAAUGUAAUUACUACUUUGAAAGCUGCUGCUAAUGAACCAAGUACUGCACCAUCAACUAAGAUUUCUCCACUAAUUCAGAAAGAAGAGCAAGCCAAGCCAACUAUUUGUAAUUUGGGUCUACUGAAUACUAAUCAAGAAAAACAUGUCAGAUCAACAUCAAAUGUCUACUCUUCUUCAAGUGAAGGCACUUCAAUUUUCUCCAGAGUGAGUAGUAAUCAACAAAUGUUACAGAUUGCCAAUAUUUGUUCUCUGGUUGAAGGUGAUAGGUCCUUCAACUCCCAGAUAGCGGAGAUAUUUAACUCUCCCUCUUUGAAUAAGGUUGAACCACAGAAACCUUGUCUGCCUGAUGAGCCGGUAAUGAGUUGUCUACAACAAAAGGAAAAAUUAGAUAAAGCCAUGGAAAAUAAAAACUUUGGUUUUCAAAAAGAGAAUAUUGUGCGGGUCACAGAUUGUUCUUCGAAGCCUAAGAUAACAAUGGAUCUUCAUCUGCCAUCUUUAGAACCAUCGUCUUUGAAGUGUGCUGAAGCAAAUGGAGAAAUCCUGGAGGGAAACAAAUUGGAGUAUAUUGCUAAUAAAGAAAACACCAUUACCAAUACAUGUUGUUCAGCUGAUAUUAAACAGGCUGUCUCAGAAACUGAUAAACCCUACAGUUAUACUGCCCAAGAUCCUGCAAACAGUACAGUACCCAAUGAUAAGACAUCUAUCUUAUACCUGCAUGAUCAGCUGUCAGAACUUUUAAAAGAGUUUCCAUAUGGCAUUGAACCUAUAAACUCCCGGGACAGUCCUGUGGGCCAGCAAGUAGAAGAUGACAUAUCUAAAAACGAUCAAAGUUGUGGUAAAGCUGGUUGUGACGCCCCAAACUCAACAGGCCAAAUAAAAAUUACUAUAAUAAGCUCAGAGCAAAUGAAAGAAUUAUUUUCUGAGCAGGAGAAUCAACGCAGUGACGGAGACAACCUGACCAAAUUGACCAAACUCCAGAAGGAAAACCCUACCACAAAAGUAGGGAGCAAGUGUGAUCCAAAAGAACAUACAGAUGAAGGAAGUCAUUCUGUGGUACCAAAUGGUCACAAAGAUGAUAUCCAUUGCUGUGCACUGGGUUGGCUCUCUCUGAUUUAUGAAGGAGUACCCCAAUGCCAAUGUAAAUCCAAUAACUCGGCUUCAAAGGAAGAAAAGAAAGAUCAGUGUUCCUCUUUGGAGAUCAGCAAGUGUGAACCAGGAAAUAAAAACUCUGACAGAAACCUCCUUGUUGAAGGUAAUAAUCCUCCCAAUAAGGACCAAAAAGUUUCUGUGACGCUGCCAGAUGGUAAAAAAGAUGACAUCCCUGCUGAAUGUAAUAGUUCACCUACUGAAGACCACAAAAUGUCUCUAACUCUGUCAGAUGGAAAAAAUCUUGUCUCAGAAAUAAAACAAGACAAUAACACAAAGGAUAAAUCUAAAGCAAACCAUAACUCAGUAAAGACAGAAGGAACCAAGUAUGAUAAAAAGCUAGAUCCCUUGCAAAGUCACAAAAGAAAGAGAAAACUUAAGUUCCAUGAGAUAACUUUUCACUCCAAUAGUAAAAUGCCCAAAUUAUGUGAACAAGAUCCUUCAGGGAGCAUACAGAAACACCAGGCACAGAACGCGUGUCCACCAAAAUCAAAGACAGUUAUUUUGGCAAAUCAUAAGAAUGGCUCUUUGAUGCAGUCAAAAUCACCCGAGAAGAUAAAAUUGAAAUUCAAAGCAGGUAGCUCCAGAUAUAAACUUAUGGACAAAAAGAAGCCAGAAUGUGCAACUCCGGUUGAUAAGGAGAGACAAAAGAAGAAACAUGAUCAAGGAGAGCAGAACAAAGACGUGAGAAUUUCUUUCAACUCAAAGCCUUUGUCAAACUCAAAGGAAAGAGCCAGUAUUAAAGAAAAGACUGUAUCCGUAGACGUAAAACCCACAAACGGGGAAGUCAGCACCCACAGAAGUUCAACAAAAUCUCCAAAUUCAAACAUUAAAUCCUCAGAUUCACAGGAUGCUUCAUGUAAAAUUAAAAAGAGAGUUCUCACACCCAAGGAGUAUUUAGAAAGGCAAAGGAAUAAAGAAGCAGCGAGCCACAAAGCCACAAAGGACAGUGGGAAUGAGAAAGUGAAAAGCGUGCCUGAAGACUCGAGACCUAAUAAACAUCACAUGAGAGGAGAGAGUGUUGGGAAAUCAAACGAGAGAGAAAGCAGCCUUGUACAGACUUCAGAAUCAUUAAACAUUUCCACAAGCCAUGGUAAAGCCCCCAAAAUCCACCGUUCUGAGGAGUCUAAAAUGCACAAGAUUUCCAAAGUCAUUGAAGGAAAAGAUGGUAGACUGCAAAGUGAUAAAACAUGGAUGGGUAAGUCCAAAACAGACAAACACUUAGCCAGUCUAAACAGUGAAAGUCACAUGGCAAAGGAUCAUGGGAAACGGUACCUGAACAGGGUUGCAUUUAAAUGCACUGAACGUGAAAGCAUUUCUCUCUCAAAAUUGGACAAUUCCCCCAAGAAGCCAAAUACGGAGAGGAGGCAGGAAAAUGACACUAAAAACAUUUUACCUGUGAAACCUUCCAUUAAAAAACCACCAAUGCUGGAAUUUAAGUUAUGGCCAGACACGCUUUUGGGGAAUAAGAUCGGUGAAGAGAGGAAGAUGCUGAAGCCAUGUCCUAAGAAAGAGCAAGCUCCUAUACAAGUUUCAGGAAUGAAAAGUACAAAAGAAGCCUGGCUAAAAUGUGUUAACCCUGAGAAAAGAAUUCUGGAUGCCGACCAAAGAGAUAACAAUAUUUUGCCCAAAUCAAAACUUCCGAAAAGAAGCAUCAGUGCAGAUGGACUUGAGACACUACAAAACACAGUAAAAGAUUCAACAGGAAUGUUUCAAACCUUCAAAAGAAUGCAUAUGGAAAAGAAAAACACUGGAAAUGGCCCGUCAACGUAAUGUGGUGUGAUUCUGUAAUUGCUUUGAUUUUGCUGAGUGUUCUCUACCAGAGAUGUAUGUGCUUCACUUAAAAUUUUUAACCAAGACUGCAGUCUCUUGUUUUGAGACAGCCUACACAAGUAGCUGUUGGUAUUGCCGGCAAACAAGGUAUUGGACCAUCACUAUUGAACACAGUUUACCAUCGUUUUACAAGGAAUCCUUCCAUGAAUCCUUUGAAAUCUGUGAAAGGACAGUUCCCAGUUAGGACAUGUUUAUUUUAACUGGCGCUGUGAAUAUAUUUUGUUUAAGCUACAUUAGCAAAACUUUAUUUUUUAAAAAUACACAAUGAAUGUCAAAGUAUAUUCUCAAGUAUUUUGUACUUACUUGUAAAUUUUUUUUCCCAAAAGUCUUUUUUUACUGGUUAAACUGAACACAAACUUUGAAAAAUGUUUAAACUUUUCGUUAAAAAAAUAAACAUUUAUUUUUUAAAGAAAACUGA